AUGGCUGCAGCUGCUGUGGUGUCUGUCUCCAUGGUGGUCAUGAAGCCCGUCCUGGCUAAACUCACCACCCUCAUGGGUGACGAGUACAAGAAGAUCAAGGGCCUACGGAAGAAGGUGACCUUCCUCCAGCGUGAGCUCAGCGCCAUGGAUGCUCUCCUUGAGGAGAUGGACAGCGCCGAUGAACUCAACCCGCAGGCAAAGAAUUGGAGAAGAGAUAUAAUCGAGAUGUCCUACAACAUAGAAGACCGUAUUGAUGACUUCAUGCACACUGUUGGUGAAGCCGACGGCAAGAUAGGGAUCCUUCAGAAAGCUGCUAAGUAUCUGCGAACUUUCAAUGAUCGUCGACGACUUGCAAAUGACUUCCAAGAAAUCGAGACCCAAGUGAUGGAAGCAAGCGAACGCCGAAAGAGGUACAUGCUUGAUCAGUGCAUAUCGGUUACUGUGCCUGUAGUUCUUGAUCCUCGUGUCUCAGCACUCUACAAGGAGUCAGCAAGCCUUGUGGGAAUUGAGUCCCAAAAGUCUGAUCUUGUUAGUUGGGCAAUGGAUGAAGUCAAACAAUUGAAGUUUUUGGCAAUAGUAGGAUUUGGAGGUAUAGGGAAGACCACUCUUGCUAAUAAGGUGUAUCAUGAGGUUGGAGGCAAGUUUGAAUGCAAGGCAUUUUUAUCUGUCUCUCAAAAGCCACAAAUGAUUAUGCUAUUCAACAGUUUGCUAGAGCAACUUGGGUUGCAAAAAUACUCCCAUGACUGCCUGUUGCAAUAA